CAAACUAUAAAACUGCUACAUUAAUGGAAAAGUAGACUAUGGACUUUGUGUAACAAUAACUCGGCGUCACAUGACUGAUAACAGCUGUGGAAGAUAAACAUUAUAUGUGAGCUGCACGAGGAGGAGGGAGUACAUUGAAACUGUCAGAGACACACGAGGAGCAACAGCUCAGUGCUCACAGGCGGAUAUUUGAGCAUUUUGCGCCACCUUGUGAGUGAACGGCUCCCUCUGCAACACAACACGUCUCUCUGUCACAAGAUGGUGUCAGUAGUUGUCACUCUCCGACACCACACCGACGAGGUCAGCUGCUGUGCCUUCUCUCCAUCCCUCCUGGCCACCUCCUCCGGGGAUAAAACUCUGCGCGUUUAUAACACCACUGACUUCUCGGAGCUUCCUUUCUCCCCUCUCUCGGGUCACGGCUACGGGGUUCACUGCUGCUGCUUCAGCUCAUGUGGCAGCUACCUGCUCAGCUGCUCCACGGACGGGUCCGCCAUCGCGUGGAGCUCGGAGACAGGUGAGGUGCUCGCGGUGUUGCAGCACCCGGGCCGCACUCCGCUCCGAGCGUGCGCACUGGCGCCGGACUCCUCCCUCCUGCUGGCAGGGGCCUGUGAUGGCACCGUGGCCCUCUGGGACUUCCCAUCCAGGACACUGCGCAGAUGCAGUGCAGUGAGCGAGGACAGUGUCGUGGCCUGCUGCUUCUCUCCCUGCGGCCAGAUGUUUGUGACCGGCUGCACGCACGGAGACCUCAAGCUCUGGGAUACGGACAUCAGUGUCCUGCAUGCUGAGAAGGACGCCCACGACCUGGGAGUCGCCUGCUGCAACUUCGCCCCGCAGUUUAAUGUUGAUGGCUGCUGUGUGGAGUUUCGACUGGCCUCCUGUGGCCAAGACAGCCAGCUGAAAAUAUGGAUUGUUUCCCAGGGUGAAGGAGCAGCCUUUGUCAUGAAGCUGCUUCACACUCUCAGCAGCCAAUCGGCUCCAGUUCUGUCUUGUGCCUUCUCCUCUGACGGAGAGCUGGUUGUCUCGGGUUCAGUGGAUAAAACUGUUGCAUUAUAUGAUGCGAACCUGGGAACCCUGCUCUACACUUUGAAACAGCACGACAGGUAUGUGACUGCCGUUGCUCUGUCUCCCACCAUGCCGUGGAUUGCAACCGGCUCCAUGGACAGAGCGGUGAACGUGUGGAGAAUAGGAGAUGGAGUCAGCAGAACUGGAGCUGAAUCAAGGCAGACAGAGUGCCAAGGAAGGAAGUUGCCGGGUCACUCCAGGCUGCUGGUUGCUGAUUGGUCGGAGGAGGAUGUGCAGACUUGGCUGUGUGAGGAAGGACUGCAGGAGCUCGUCAGCAUCUUUAAAGCCAACAACAUCGACGGAGCAGAGCUCAGCCAGCUGAACAAGGCAGCAGCCACAGAGCUGGGAAUUGAGUCUUUGGGCCUCCGCGGUCGUCUCCUGAGGAAAAUCGAGGCCCUGAAGGCGGAAGAGAGCGGUUCAGAGGCCCCAGAUGAGUUUCUGUGUCCAAUCACCAGAGAGCUGAUGAAGGAUCCAGUCAUUGCUGCAGAUGGAUAUUCAUAUGAGAGAGAAUCCAUCGAGAACUGGAUCAGGGGCAAGAGCAAGACCAGUCCCAUGACCAACCUGCCCCUGCAGACCACUCUUCUCACCCCCAACAGAUCUCUGAAGACGGCAAUAACACGGUGGAAGUCAAGCCAGUAGACGGCAGCUCAUUUUAGUCAGAAUCCACAUUAACAGGUAUUAUAAACAGGAACUGCUCAACGACUGCUCUUAUUAUCACAGGAAGAACUAAUUACUAUCAAGUUGACUAAAUAAUCUGAAUCUGAUCAAGUCAACAGAUAAUUUGUUCAGUAAAUAUCAGCAUACAUCAAAAUACCUGCGUACAAGCCUGUAAGUUAAGUUAUUACACUGUGUAUUUUAAAUAUAUUAUCACUUAAAGCUACUCUACAAAACUACAUUUCAGCUUUUCAGUUAUUUCAAGGCUUUUAUCCCAAAUGUAAACGCGAAGAGUACACACUGUUUACCUCGGCCAUUGUUCUGUUAUUACCGUUUGUGGCCACAAUGAUUGCUGUUCAGCUUUAGGUGCAUUACUAAUCUAUUGCAUUACUUUAGGCUUUUUGGCGGUGACCAACUGACCAUAUAAUGAUUUCACUCAUGGUGAUUGUCCUCUUAACUUAACCAGUCUCUUUGUUUUUAGAAUAAAAGUGAGGAGAUCUGUU